UCCAGAACUCUGACGUGGCAUUAUCAUGAAGCGAACAUAAUAAGAUCAGAAAAAUCAACGGCUCAGAUUAAAACCUCAGCUUAUGAUUCUUCUUUAUCUACUCCCUCUCUUCUCCUUCCUCACUCCCUCCUCUCUUUCUCUCUUCCCUCGCUCUCUGUUCAGAGCCUAAAGCAGAGCACAUAUACACACUUACGAUGUUGCUUGGAAAGAGACAACGACCACCGAUCAACAGAACAACUAGCCUGUCCGAGAUAAAGUUCGAUCUAAACCUUCCCAGCGAAUCAGACGUACCAUCAACUCAGCAGAGUCGAAGCCAAAAUACAGUGGUGGGACCAUCCGGUUCAAACGGUCAGCACGUAGCAGCAGCCGUCGAUCCACGGUUCUUGGCUAUGGUUUCACCGAGAGGUAACCUGAGGAGACACUCAGGCGAGUUUUCCGACGCUGGACAUUUCUUGAGAUCUUGCUCCCUAUGUGAACGCUUACUUGUUCCUGGCCGUGACAUCUAUAUGUACAGGGGAGAUACGGCCUUUUGUAGCUCAGAGUGCAGGGAACAGCAAAUGACACAGGACGAGGGGAAAGAGAAAGUUAAGCCGGCGAAAGAAUCGGCGGUGCCAGCCAGAGCCAAACCCGGCAGGGGUAGAGCUGCAGCCGCCGUGUAAUCCUCCUCACCACCCCCAUAUUCACAUACAUUAUAUAGUUAUACACUAUAUAUGUAUUAUGUGUGGCUUGUUAUGUGUUUGUAUAUGAUUAUAAUGUAAUACAUAUUCAAAGCAUUGAGCGUCAAUUAACCUGUUGUUAAUCACUCUCGUCUGUUGUGGUGCAUGGAAUUGGAUGUUUUUUACGAGGGUUUAAAUUUUACAAGUUUUGAUCUAUUUGAAACUAUAAUUCAAAUGAAUGUAAGACUUGUGUUAUUUUAAUGAGAAAAUUUAAGAUUUGAAGUAU